CCCAACCCCACUUUAAGUCGUCGUCAUCGCUUCUGCAAAAUACUCCGUCAUCACUCAUCAUCAUCAUCCAGCCAAGCCUCCUGCUCUGCCAUCAAUAGAAAACAAAGAUAAUGAUUGAUCACACAUGCCCGCCUACUAUUCUCUCGGUCCCAACUUCCUUCCGUUUCAAGUCUUCUUGUCCCCACCCAGGUCGGUCAUUGUUAUCUCUUCUGCAUAAAACGGUGGCUUCUUAAGUUCCCUUUCAGUUUGAUUUGAGGCAGAGAAAUGGCGGAGAUAGGAAAGACGGUGCUUGACAAGGGGUGGUUAGCUGCUCGGUCGACUGAGGUUGAUCUCACCGGUGUGCAGCUCACUACCAGCGAUCCACCCUCCAUUGCCGAUCCCACCCGCCCUUGGAUGGAAGCAUCGGUUCCCGGAACUGUUUUGGGAACUCUUGUAAAGAACCAAGUGAUACCGGAUCCAUUCUAUGGCCUGCAAAACGAAUCCAUUUUGGAUAUAGCUGAUUCAGGAAGAGAUUACUAUACUUUUUGGUUUUUCACAAGCUUUGAAUGCAAGCUGUCAAACAAUCAACACGUGGAUCUAAACUUUCGGGCUAUAAACUAUUCUGCUGAAGUAUAUUUGAAUGGGCACAAGGAGGUCCUGCCAAAGGGAAUGUUCCGAAGACAUGUAAUCGAUGUUACAGAUAUUCUGCAUCCAGAUGGUCAAAAUCUGCUUGCUGUGAUUGUUUACCCUCCUGACCAUCCUGGAAGGAUUCCUCGUGAGGGCGGGCAAGGUGGUGAUCAUGAGAUUGGGAAAGAUGUUGCUGCACAAUAUGUUGAAGGAUGGGAUUGGAUGACUCCAAUAAGAGAUAGAAAUACCGGAAUCUGGGACGAGGUCUCCAUUACAGUAACAGGGCCUGUGAAGAUUGUGGAUCCCCACUUGGUAACUUCAUUCUUCGGUGACUACAAAAAGGGAUAUUUGCAUGCCACAGCCGAGUUAGUUAAUAAAAGUGCUAAGGAAUCUGAGUGUUCUUUAAACAUCCAAGUGUCUACUGAACAUGAAGGAAAUAUUUGCUUAGUGGAGCACCUUGAGACACUGCAAGUUUCUCUUUCUCCCGGAGCACAUGUUCAAUAUACAUUCCCUCAGCUAUUUUUCUACAAACCAUCUUUAUGGUGGCCUAAUGGCAUGGGUAGGCAAUCACUAUACAAUGUUGAAAUAACAGUUAACGUGAAUGGCUACGGAGAGUCUGCCACAUGGAGCAGCCAUUUUGGCUUUCGCAGAAUUGAGAGUACCAUAGAUAGUUCUACAGGUGGAAGACUGUUUAAGGUAAAUGGACAGCCUAUAUUUAUACGUGGGGGUAAUUGGAUUCUCUCGGAUGGGUUAUUACGGAUUUCGAAGGAAAGAUACAAGGCAGAUAUUAAAUUUCAUGCUGAUAUGAACUUCAACAUGAUCCGUUGCUGGGGUGGGGGCUUGGCUGAAAGACCUGAUUUUUAUCACUACUGUGAUUUAUAUGGCUUGCUGGUAUGGCAAGAAUUCUGGAUUACUGGAGACUGUGAUGGACGAGGUGAUCCAGUGUCAAAUCCAGAUGGACCAUUGGACCAUGACCUGUUCUUGCUUUGUGCGAGGGAUACCGUCAAGCUGUUGAGGAAUCACCCAAGUCUUGCUUUGUGGGUUGGGGGAAAUGAACAAGUUCCACCAUCUGAUAUUAAUGAAGCUUUGAAGAAUGACCUACAACUCCACCCAUAUUUCGUGAAUUCCUGUGGUGUUGACAACACAUCAAAAGCUGGUAUGCCCGUGAUGAAGGACCCAAGUGAAUAUCUUGAUGGCACUCGUGUUUAUGUACAGGGAUCCAUGUGGGAUGGAUUUGCUGAUGGGAAAGGGAACUUUAGUGACGGUCCUUACGAAAUCCAGAAUCCUGAAGACUUCUUUAAAAAUGAUUAUUAUGCUUAUGGAUUCAACCCUGAGGUGGGCUCCGUUGGGAUGCCAGUGGCAGCUACUAUCAGAGCGACGAUGCCUCCAGAAGGGUGGCAGAUUCCUUUGUUUAGAAAACUAUCAGAUGGAUAUGUGGAGGAAGUCCCAAACCCAAUUUGGGAGUACCACAAAUAUAUUCCAUAUUCUAAUCCAAAAAAGAAGGUCCAUGACCAGAUUUUACUAUAUGGAACACCAAAUGAUCUUGAUGACUUUUGUCUGAAGGCACAAUUAGUGAACUAUGUUCAAUACAGAUCUCUGCUCGAAGGAUGGACCUCCCGUAUGUGGACCAAAUAUACAGGCGUUUUGAUAUGGAAAACCCAAAAUCCAUGGACAGGCCUAAGAGGUCAGUUCUAUGAUCAUCUCCACGAUCAAACAGCAGGGUUUUAUGGGUGUCGCUGUGCUGCAGAACCAGUUCAUGUUCAGCUAAAUCUCGACACAUACUUUAUAGAAGUGGUAAACACUACCUCUGAGUGGCUCUCUGAAGUUGCUAUCGAAGUAUCUGUGUGGGAUCUCGAAGGAGAAUGCCCAUACUACAAAGACUCUGAAAAGCUCAAUGUGCCGCCCAAAAAAACAAUGCCCACAUUUGAGAUGGAAUACCCAAAGCAGGAGAAUGCAAAACUAGUUUAUUUUCUUCUUCUCAAGCUCUACAGUGUUUCAGAUCAGGUCAUAUUGUCCCGCAACUUUUACUGGUUGCAUCUCUCCGGUGGUGAUUAUAAGCCCCUGGAAUCUUUCAGGGAGAAGAAAGUGCCGCUGAAAAUUACUUCUCUAACUUUAAUUAACGGCUCCAGCUAUGAAAUGCAGUUGGUUGUUGAGAACACAUCAAAGAAGUCGGGUUACAAAACCCCAUGUCAUGAAAACAGCUUUGUCACAAUAAACAAUGGGAGUAAUAAUUUUGAUGCAUUUUUGAAGCCAGCUGAUCAUUAUUGUCUCACAAGAGGGAAAAGCGAGAUUAGUUUUUAUCAAAAGCUGUGGAGGAGUAUGGUAGGGAAACAGAGCAAUGUCAUGAUUUUAGAAACUAAAGGAACUGCUGAGGCAGGGGUUGCGUUCUUCCUCCAUUUCUCAGUUAAUAACUCUUCAAAGAAGAGUGCCAAGAAUGAGGACAUGCGCAUUCUACCUGUUCAUUACUCGGACAACUAUUUCUCACUUGUACCAGGUGAAGUGAUGAAAGUUACACUCUCCUUUGAUGUUCCUCCUGGAGUAACCCCACAGGUUACACUCUGUGGCUGGAACAGUGAGGUCAUGCAUAUAGUUUAUUGAAUCCACCGUCUGCCCAGGUAAGUUAAUGUUAUCGCCAACUGCUCUAAUAUUCAUGGUUUAUAGCUGUGAAUAUUUUCACAAUUGUGGAAGCAUGUUCAGUUGAGGUGAGGUAUGUUUAAAUUACAGCAUCUGUAAUAAGGCUGCCACAAAGCAGUUGAGGUUGAUAAGAAUCCGUAAUGCAGGCAAUGCAGAACAAAUAAAGCUGUUGUGAAUAUGAUGUCUGUUAAUAAAAACUUCAUGUUUUUUAGAGAAACUUCAUGUUAUUUAUGUACAUUAUAGGUAGGUGAGUAAUACAUCAUUAUGGUGUUGGUAGUUUUGGACAUGAUUGCCACGUAAAUCUGAAGAACAAGUAGAAUAGAGAAUGCCAAAUACGAAUUACUUGCAAAAAACUUAAAGAGGAUUGCUAACGCUGGAAGUAUCCUUCCAUCAAAGUCUCUCCAACCAUGAAAGAAAGAAGAGUUUAUACUGUUCCGGAUACAUCAUGAAUCUCAUGAUAAUCGCACAUCAAGCAAAGAUAAGAUGAGCAUCUUUAGAAGAAAAUGAGUAAUCUUCAUAUGUAAAUGAGCAUCAUUCAGAGGAAAAUGUGUAGAAUAAGAUAGCAAGAACAUGUGUGGAAGGAAAAUGAUCAGAGGAAAGUAAGCAACUCUAAAAAAAGCUCUGAUUAAAGCUGCCAGCUAUUCGCAAGUACAAUAUUAUUUGGGGAGUUUGUGCUGCUCCUUUGCGGAUUAGAAUGUUGUACAUACAUAUAAUCUAGUAAGCUUUUUUGUGAAACUCCAGUUGGAUAAAAAUGUUUUCCCUUUCAAAAGACCCCAUCCAUGAAGUUUGAGUCUUGUGAAGAAUUGAAGACGAUGCAAGUGUCUUAUUCGUCUGUUCAGCUUUCGUGUUUGAUUACUGCGUUCUUGUUGGCUUUUGAGGAGUAGGGAAAAUUGUUGGAAUUCUACAAAAGAAUCUCGAGAGCCGGGAUACAUCAUGCAGUAACAUUAAAAGAGUUUUCAAAGAGUUACCAUAGAGAUUUUGAAAGGGAAGCAUACUCUCUUUCGAGAGUUUCCUUACUUCACAGUAGGAAAGUUCUUUUGGGAUCUUUUGAAGACAAAGAUGCUUCAAAUUUUUGCAUGUCACACCCAAUUAACAAUCAUACUAUUAGCCAGUUAGCCUCAAUGGUUCCUGAAGUUCAUCAUCGUAUAACCAAGCUAUGGUUUAACCAAUUUUCACUAGACUAAUUAGUUUUCAUAAUCAGUUUUUAAUCAUAGAAAUUUAUUGAUCAUUUUGUAUGGCUGAAAGGAAACUAAAUUAUUUGCGGGAGUGUGAGAUUUCGGUA